CUGCUCUGCUCCGCUCCCCGCCUUGCGCCUCCUGCUUGAUCUGCUCUGCUCCCUGCCCCAUUCUUCCUGCCUUGUUUGCUGCUCUGCUUUCUGAUCCCUGUCAUACGCUCUGCUCUCUGCCAGAUCCACUGCUCUGCUUUCUGCUCUGCCUGCCACUGUGCUGCUGGACGGACACCCCUUCCUGAUGUGCUGCGUGCCCCACACAGAGGCUGCACCUGCCACUUAUUGCGUGCACAGGUUGCCCCUCCCCUCCCCACCUUAGUGCAUGCCACUUAUUUCCUCCUCAUGAAUGGUUCUCUUGUGCCCGUGGCCUGUGCGGUUUCCUACCCAGGACACCCAGAUCCAUGUUGUCAGCAGGCAGUGCCAGAUCUGGAUGUAGCAGCCAGUGCUGUAGUAUGCCGUUGCUUAGGAACCCAGAAAAGGGUGCAGUAAGCUGCCACUGUGAUUUGGGCUUGUAGAAGUUGACCUCAGUAAGGGUGGUGCCCUGCUCCUUUCAUCUUGUUACCCAUGUUGUGAGGCCCAUUGCAAGGCCCUACCUGCACAUAAAGAAAAGAUGAUUUCUGCCUAAUGAGCUCACCUUGAUAAGGGACUGAACUUGAGUCUUGAAAGGACACUGUUGCUGCCUGCCACCAUGUUUGUCCUAGUGGAGAUGACUGAUACAGUGCGGAUUCCUCCCUGGCAGUUUGAAAGAAAACUCAAUGACUCCAUCGCAGAGGAGCUGAACAAGAAGUUAGCCAAUAAGGUUGUAUACAACGUUGGCCUCUGCAUCUGUCUGUAUGACAUCACCAAGCUGGAGGAUUCUUACAUAUUCCCUGGAGAUGGUGCAUCACACACCAAAGUGCAUUUUCGGUAUGUGGUGUUCCAUCCUUUUCUGGACGAGAUUCUGAUCGGGAAUAUUAAAAGCUGUAGUCAGGAUGGAGUUCACGUUUCUCUUGGGUUCUUUGAUGAUAUCAUCAUCCCUCCAGAGUCUCUGCAGCAGCCUACUAAAUUUGAUGAAGCAGAGCAGGUGUGGGUAUGGGAAUAUGAGACUGAAGAAGGAGCACAUGACCUGUACAUGGACAUUGGGGAGGAGAUCCGCUUCCGGGUAGUGGAUGAGACCUUUGUUGACACAUCCCCUACAGGCCCAAGCUCUGCAGAGACCUCCACUUCGGGUGCCACAGAAGAAGUCCAGAAGAAGGAGGCACCCUACACUCUUGUGGGAUCAAUCAGUGAGCCAGGACUCGGCCUUCUCUCAUGGUGGACAAACAGUUAACAGACAGAACCUGCCCUGCAGGAUUCCAUUGGAUGGAUGCUUUAGACCACAGGAGCCAGCUAAUGUUCUCCAUCUCUGUCCUGCUUUAGACCGAUUUUUUUUUUUUUUUUUUUUCCCCUGACCAGACUGACACUUUUCAAGAAAUACCUCAAUCAGAACUGCAGAAGUUAAGCUAUUUACUGGAAAUGGCUGACCAGUAAUGAAAGCCCAGCAGCAACUAACUCAGUUGGAGCAUGGACCUCCUAGAAAAGAGGGCAGAACUAGAUCCAGGUGCCAGAGGAAAGCCUUUGCUCUUCUGAUGUGAGAAAGGAGCUUGCGUUUAGUGAAUAGUGGGCAAGGAGAGGCCCAUGCAUGGUUGGGGUGCCUGGAAGGAGUGUCCUAACUCUCUCCUGCUUCUUUGGAAGCUGGACUCUGGGAGGGUUGGAAGUGUUGCGUGUACAAACUUGGUAAAAAAUCCAAUGAAGUGCUGCUGUUGGUUUGGUAGCAGGAGAAGAAAUGGCAGAAUGUGGGAAAAGGGAGGAGCUGGUCUUUCAUAGACUUUGUAAUCCCUGCUGUGUGCGGGAGAAAGGCAGUGGUAACUGCAAGAACGGGAGUCCAGGCCAUGCAUGGGGAAGUCAGCCCUCCAGGGGAUUUGGACUCUGUCACGAGUCAAAGCUGGUAUGGGGGCAGCUGAACAGGAAGCAACUUAGUUGUUAUGUCUAAGCUCUUGGAAAGCAAUUGGCUGCUGCUGAGAGCUGAAAUGCUGUAAUGCAGUGGGUGGCCUGUAUUUUUAUUUAUAUUGAGUAGGCUUAACUCUACUGGAGUCUGCCUGAAUUGAUCACUUAAUUGUCAGCGGGAGCAGAUCCACGUGGCUGUUGAUAAGGUUGUAAUUCCAAUUGCUUCUGUGGGUGGGCUAGUAUUGAUAUCAGAAACGAAUAAACAGUGAUGACGACUGCACACAACCCAUCCUGCUUUACUAAAGAGAGACUGAGCUUCCUUUCCACCAGGAAGGAAACAGCCACGUCUCCCACAGUUUAGCUAACAGUACCUCUAAAAGCAGACUGUCUGUUUGACUGCUCAGACUAGCCCUGUCCUUUCUACAGUGGAGGCCAGUAACAAACAACUGCCAUCACCCUGUCUGACAUCAGUGAAAGGACAGCUGGGGAACAGAACAGUGGGAGCCUGUGCAGGGCAUGGAGCCAGGGCUGUGAUGUGUUACACUUGACUAAAAAGCAGCUACAUUUAGCAGCGAGGGACUGUAAUUCCCUUGGAUGGUGAUUCUGCAAACCUCAAACCAUGAAAGCCAAGCUUGAGUCACCAGAGCCCUCCCUGCAAUGCAAUUACAGACUCUUAAUUCUAAGCUUGACUAUUCCUGCUUCAUAGCCUUAAUUAAAGGGGGUUUGAAAACCUUCA